UACAUCGGAGAUGGCGCUAUUUCACUUACAAUGGGGAACUUUGAGUGGCCAUGGCAGUACGAAUUUCCACCGUUUUUCUCAAUACAACCAAAUUUGGAAACAAGGAACAAACAACUACAAGCUUGGUGUGAUCUAUUUUUAGCAUUUCAUAAAUACCACAGAAUAUACACAGUAGAUCUGAAAGAAGCGGCAAGCAGUGAAUUAUUCAACAAUACAAAGCUAAACCGGAAAUUGUCAGGAGAAGGAAUAUUAUUAGUCUUAGAAGAACUCAGGCAAAAAGGAAACAUUGAAUGGACAGACAAAGCAAAAACAAGAUGCCUUGUAAUGUGGAGGACACCUGAAGAAUGGGGAAAUCUCAUUUAUAAAUGGGCAAGUAAUAAUGGAAUGAACAACUCUGUGUGUACUCUUUAUGAAAUAGCACAAGGAGAAGAUAAUAGGGAUGAAGAGUUCCAUGGACUAGAAGAUUGGCUGCUGAAAAGAUCAUUGAAAUGUCUGGAAAGACAAAGGAAAGCAGAACUUAUCUCUUUUGAUGGGAACGAAGGGGUAAAAUUUUUCUAGGACUGAUAUUUAUAGAUAAAUGAAAGUAGUUGCAGUAAACACAAUUUCAUGGAAAAGUCUGUAAAACCAAGAUUUAUUGUCGAUAUAUCAAUAUGGAUCUAGAUCUGGAAGAUUAAUUACUUAUUUUUCUGUUUAGGAAUAUGACUUUUCCAACAACAGGUUCGCAAGGGAAAAUAAUAUAGGAUGGAAACGUACAACACUAUACCAUAUUUGGGAUUUUGUUUCUAUUUAAUUUUUAUUUUCAUAUGGUUGCAAUGCAAGCAUCACAAUCAGAUAGCAGAUACAUAUGACAAGCUUUUGAUCAAAUUAAAGUGACAAAGAACUGUAGGUUUCAUCAAAUCUAACUUGAAAUACUUUCAAUAUUAUUUACAUGGAAAAGUCUUUGAGAAAUGUUCAAUCUAUAAUCUGGAGAUCUUUAAAAAAUUGUCAUCUUUUUGAUAUAUGUAAACCCAAACUUGCUCUUAUGACAUAAGAGAAAUUAGGCAUUUGAUGAAUGUAAUAAAACCUGUUUGUGUUUUAAAGAUCCUAAGACACAAAGGCCAUCUUAUUCUAGAUACAUAUCUAUUAUUAGGUAGUUUUACUUGAAAAAUACGAAUUUGCCAUCGGUUUCUGUGUACAACGAACCGGUGUUGAGUUAUUCCAUGGAAAUGAACUUCAACGGGAACGCCCACUAAAAUUUUUCAAAAAAGUCGGCUGAUCGACCUGUCAAUCAUUGUGACGUCAUCGAAGGAAGGCUUUCUCAGCUGUGCAGCCGUACCCCUAGUUAUUGUACAUGUUUCUCGUGUAGUUUCUGUUUCGACCGAGCUCAUCCUUAACAGAUUUUUUAGAUUUUUACGAGGUUUUGAUCAUGGCUGCAGCAUCGUCAUCAGCUGCGUCUGAUUCUUCAGACUUUGAAGAUUCAGGUUCUGAAUAUUAUUCCAGCAAUUCAAUUUAUUUACUUUGAAUCCACACGUGCAACCACAAUAGGCGCUUCACGCUCCAAACGUCAACAACACUCAGCAGCUUCCUUCCCUGACGUCAUAAAUGGUCACGUGAUAUACGAAACCAAAUCGGGCUGAAUUUUGUGGGCGGGGCGAAUUUGGCUCAAUUUUCAACAUAAAAUUGCCUUUGAACCUGAUGUGGGAUGUUUUACGGGUAAAAUUUUGAUGGAAUCGUAAUUAGUAACCACUAAGCUAACAAAUAAAUCAGCAUCUUUGCUGUAUUUCAUGGGACCGUUAAGCUUCUGAAUAUGAGGUAAUUUCAACAAAAAAUAUCUACGGUUAGUGUUAAUCAGUGAAAAUGCAUAUAUUUGCAUUAUUGUAUUGUAGUUCUUUUCACGGAUGUAUAGUAAUUCUGGCUUCCGAUAUGGUCUUUUAAGUUUUUGCAUGUUCUUGCAAGACAGUAAGGUAUUUAUUUAUUUUAUUAUGCAAAUUUCAGUCUAUUGUUAGUUUGCUAGCUAGCUAUUUAUCUUAUGCUGAUUUCUUUUUUAUAUCCCAUUUUCUAGACUGAGAUACAUUUUAAUUGGGCCCAUUUUGUGUGGACCUUGUUUUAUCAUGUGGAGAAAUGGAUGAUAUUGUGAACAUAUCAUUUAGGGCUUCCUAAUAUCAUAACCUUUUUGAAAAUUUCAAGGAACUGUUUCAUUAAAGUUUUCAGCUCUGACAAUUUCACUUAAAUUAAUUAGAUGAGAAGCAAUGAUCUCUAAUUGUGAUUUUGGUAUUUGUCAGAAAUGCAACUUUUUGGUACUGAAACCUUUCAUGAAUAAUUAUAAGAUUCUUGGAUACAGAAAGAUGUUUAAAGAUAAAUGAAUGUAUUUGUAGUCAUUUGUAGUCACUGAUGUCAUGAGAAAAUCUGUAACAUUAAGAUUAAUUGUCACUAUAAUAUCAUCUAGAUUUGGUACAUGAACAGAGUUUUGUGAAAUCAUGGAGUCUAAACUAAAAGAACCACAUUAAAGUGUGCCAACACAGAUUAGCACAUGUGGGACAGUGUAUUAUCAAGGACCAAAAUUUGACUGGAAAGUCAUGCUUACUUUUCUAAUUUCCCAGCAAUUACAAAAUUUCUUCCAAAAUCUUUUGGCGCAUAUUUCUAAUUCAGAAAUGCACUUUUGGGUGGUCCUUUUAUUGGAUUCUGUACGAAUUUGUUUCGAAAUGUGUUGCCCCAUUGACAUUUAUCUUUAAUUUUGAGGGUUUUUUUGGCAAUCCUUACAGAUUUGUUUGCUACUGUCUCUAUAGUGAAUUCAAAUGUUACAUUUUCCAAUAUUUAAUAAAUAUAUAUAAGUACAUGAGCAGUCACAACAUGAUCAGCAAUAUUGAGGAAAUAUUAAAGAAAUGUGUGCUGUCUGUUUUUUACUGUUCUGUAAAGUUAAGCAAACUUGAAAACACCAUAUUCUUAUUUUACAUUCUAAUUUGAUAACGAAUCAGUGUUAUGCUUUUAUGUUGCUGCAUUUCCUUGUUUUGUUCAAAUCAACAUCUUGGGGGUCGACCUUUCAAAAGAAUAGACACUCUCCUUAUCAGUAAAACUGAUAUUGGUGAUUGGUGAUUGGUGGUGAUUUUUUACCUGAUUGCUAAGAAAGCAUGAAUGCUUGUAAGCAAGCAACCAGAGGACCGACGGCUUAAGGUCCUCUCCGAAGGACCUGGUACUGAGGAUUAAUGCCUUACCAAAGGGCACUAGCGCACCAAGUGGGAAUCGAACCCGGGUCACCGGAAUACGAAUCCCCCGCUCUCCCGACUGAGCUAUCGCGCCUCCUAAAAUUGAAUUAGUGCCCUCUCAUGUCCACCAUGUCCACAUCUUUAUAUAAAGGGUAGAGAGAGUGUUCUAUGUAAAAGGAGUUUGCUCCUUGUAGUUCCAGGGCAAGUCGGAGGAGCAAUUUUGUAGAAAAAUAAAAUCAUUUUGUACUAAUUUCCAUUCUAGUAGCAUUGAAUGGUCUAUAGCUGAUCAUGCAUUUGCAUUUUAAAACAUGAAAAAUACAUGACUUUUGCUAUGUUGAAUAUUUUUUGUAUUAUAAGCCUAUAUAAAUAAAUGUACAUAUUAUGACAGAAAA